AUGCAGUUCCUGAAAUUAAGCGUUUUCACAUUUCUCGCGGCUACCCUUGGACCAAUCCAAGUUUUGGGUAAAUGUACCUCGAAAUAUCCGGUCAGCUGGUGCAUGUCGUAUCGUAAUAUACCCCAAGGCCCAAUGGUUCUGGCUGGGGAAUGCAAGUUGCAGCGGACCCCUCGUGACGGAUGCGUCAGACCGGCCGAGCCGCGGUCUGUAGGCCGGUACUGCUGCACACAUGCUGUUGGGCCCAAUCAUGACGGGUCUGUAGAUUGUGAAAUGUUCGGUGGUUCCAACUCAAAUGGAAAUUGUGAGGAGGAAUGCGUUACCUGCAAAUAA